CGCUAAAUAAGUUUUCACGAGAAUUAGCUCUCUAUCCCUAGGGAAUGAAAAUAUGAAGGAACAUUUUUAGGAGGCUGUCUUACUAAAACGUGGUGUCGGAUUGUGCAGAUGGGAGUUCAAGCAUGCUAACGUCCAAGUAGGAAGACUAUUGGGAAGAGGAGCUUAUGGUGAAGUCAGAAAAGGAACAGUCAUACGGAAGAAUGGACAGAUCGUGAACGUUGCUGUCAAGACGGAGGCUGUCUUACUAAAACGUGGUGUCGGAUUGUGCAGAUGGGAGUUCAAGCAUGCUAACGUCCAAGUAGGAAGACUAUUGGGAAGAGGAGCUUAUGGUGAAGUCAGGAAAGGAACUGUCAUACGGAAGAAUGGACAGAUCGUGAACGUUGCUGUCAAGACGUUAAUACGAGAAAUCAUGAAAGAAGCACGAAUAAUGCGCGACCUUCAUCACAUAAACGUUGUCAACAUGAUUGGUGUUGUACUGGUCGACCAUCCCAUUUACAUCUUGUUGGAAUAUGUCUCAGGUGGAGCUCUUGAUGUAUAUCUAAGAAGAAAACAUGCAAGAAUCGGCAGAAUGGAGAGAUUUUCAAUCAUGUUGGGAGUUGCAUCAGGAAUGGAUUAUAUUCAUAAGGCAAACAUCAUCCACAGAGAUCUUGCUGCUAGGAAUUGCCUUUACGAUCGGACUCACACGGUUAAAAUCUCGGACUUUGGUCUUUCGAGACCAGGAGCACAGUACAAAAUGAAAACAGCACAAAAGAUGCCCAUCAAAUGGAUGGCACCUGAAAGUAUACUAACCUUUACUUUCACGCGGAAGACUGAUAUUUACACUUAUGGGGUUUUAAUAUAUGAAAUAUUCGCUGGUAUUGGUCCAUAUGAUGAUAUGAGGAAUAGUGUUGUGAAGAAGAUGAUAAAGUCGGACAUAGAAAAGAUAAUUUCUGCACAUCCAGAAAAAGAUCUAGUAGAUGAUCACGCUACGCAAGCGGUGAGCGAAGGAAAAACAACUGCGACGAUUGAAAUUGACGUGGCCUGCGAUCCUAAAGUUGGCCCUACUCCGUCACCUUCCAAUGAAAGGCUGAAAGGAACAGCUGAAAGCGUCCUAACAAUCGAUGCUGGAGUGAAGAAGGAAAUGGCUUCAAUAACUAGCCAAGAUCAAAAAAGUAUGAUAGUAGGUCCAGUUACACCCGCCCCCAUCGUCGAAAACAAAACUAUGGAGGACGUAGUAGGUCCUGAGUCUGAAGAGAAAAAAGGAGUUAUCACAAAGCCUAAAAUAUCUAGUAAGGAAUCACCACAGAAAAGUGGAUCAGACGUCGGUUCUCCCUCGACAGCAACGAAAGAGGGGACUAAAGCUCCGAAAACAACGAAAGAAGGGACUACAGCUCCGAAAACUAGCAAGGAAUCACCUUCAAAGGGUGACAAGGAUAAGGAUAUCGCCAAGAAAGUAGAUGUGCCGAUGACGACACAAAUUGAUCUCGAUUCCCGUCGUGAGAAAGACGAUUUUAAAGAUGUGGAAAUCAGAACAAAACCAGUGUUCGGUAGAAGGUCAAAACUUGGUGAGCCUUUUCGUCAGAGUAGUAGACAAGAACUUCAUGGAACACUUAGUGUACCUUCAUUUCAUCGCAUCUUGAAAGAACCCCAAAAAAGGUUUUAA